AUGCCAUCUUUCGACAUCGUUUCCGAAAUUGAUAUGCAGGAAGUGCGUAACGCCGUUGAGACGCCACCCGCGAUCUCGGCACCCGCUGGGAUUUUCGUGCAGCAGCUGCUCGAUAUUCUGCGCGAAAAGCUGAGCAAGCGCAGCAUCGACGGCGCCGCGCUGGAGAUCCCGGAAGAGUUUACCCACAGCGGUAAAACCUACAGCGUGGAAGCCAAGCUGAAGCAGGGAUUGAAACCUCUGUGGCGAAGAAAAUCGUCAAGCUGA